AUGUACCAGACACCUGAACACCCCAGUCUCAACCAGUGGCCAGAGCAGCACCCGGAUGUCUCCACCCUGUCGCUGGCCCACAAGUUGGAGGUGGCCUCCAGGACGUCGCUAACACUGCCCCUGCACGCUUGGACACAGGACUACACUUCUGCCCCACAGCCUCCAACCUCAAGCUAUACACAGAGAAUGGGGGUUGAGGAAACCAGGGCAGGAAGUGGGGUUGGAAUCCAGCUGUCCCAGAGACCAUGCUCAACACAGAACAAGAAAGAACAUGUUACCAUUUUCAGCCACCAGAGCGAAUCACCACCUCCCUCUGGCCCCCACGCAGGCCCUCCCCUGAGUUCCCCAGUGUUCAGCUCCCAGACCACAGCGCCAGAGGUGAACAAUAUUUUCAUCAAACAAGAACGUCCUAUACCAGAUCUCCAUCUCUCAGUCCCUUCCCCGCAGGGCCACCUGUACCAGCUGUGGAAUACACCUGAUCUAGACGUGCCCAUUUCAACAAACCAGACAGCAGUCAUGAACACCCUUAAUGUCUCUAUGGCCGGACUUAACUCACACCCCUCUGCUGGGCCGCAGACGUCACUGAAACAGUUCCAGGGCAUGCCUCCUUGCACCUACACCAUGCCAUGUCAGUUUCUUCCACAGCAGGCCUCCUACUUUCCCCCAUUACUACCGAGCUCAGAGCCUGGAAGUCCUGAUAGACAAGCUGAGAUGCUCCAGAAUUUAACCCCACCUCCGUCCUACGCCACUACAAUUGCUUCGAAACUGGCAACUCACAAUCCAAAUUUACCUGCCACUCUGCCAGUUAAAUCGCCAAAUAUCCAACCUGUCAGAUACAACAGGAGGAGGAACCCGGUUCUGGAGAAGCGACCCAUCCAUUUCUGUGAUUAUGAUGGUUGCACAAAAAUUUUUAGGUGA